AUGGACCAGGAUGAGGCUCCUCCGCCGCCUUACUCCGCAGUCGACCCGUUGCUUGCCCCGGGGGAUCGGCACAGCUCUUCACAACAAUCCUCAACUCCAUCUCGAGAAAGCCCUGCUAGCUCCCAGCAUACAAGACACUCCCAUGUUGUGCCAUUACCCACACCGGCACCGCCUACAGUAGUGCCUACUCAUUUUACCUCUGCGGUAUCCUAUUUUGAGGAAAGACCGGCUUCUGCCCCAGAGGGCACUCGCGAAACUUUGCACCAUCAUAUGACAAUAUACCCCCGAAGUCAAUCGAAAGACUUUCCUCGCCGGCCUCGUUGCUGGGCUCCCCGUUUAAAUGAUGUGACGCAACAGGAUUGGGACACCUUUCUGCGCUACCUUUUCCCUCCAGAAUUGGGCCCUGCAGCGGCUUCGCAAGACCUUCCUCGCCAAUUAAGGGCCGAAAUUCAGCGGGAUAGGAAAGACCGACCCCAGGAAUCCGAUGAGCAACGCUAUGCUCGAAUUGUCGCUGUCAUUGAUGAGUGGAAUGAGAAUUUUUUCGAGCCCCGGGCGACCCGCCUGGAUUUUGUCUAUAUUGGAGAGCCGGAUACGGCGCCUAAAUCCGCUCUGUGCCCUUAUUGUUACCCAGCUGCAACCAAAGCAACAAACUCAUCUACAACAUCAAGUCCAGUACCUGGCCGAACGUCAUCCAACCCCAGCAAUCCAUCUCCUGUCCCUGGACAACCGCUACCACAUCAUUGGCAGAUGGGAUACGGACAGCCCUACGCUAACUCGCCUCCAAUGCCGCCGGGGAUGCCAGCCCCGGCUUCCCCUUUCCCUAGUCAAGCCUACCAGGCGCCUCAAUAUUAUCCGGGAAGACCUCCACCACCAGGCUUUGCUCCUCCUGCCUGGCAGUGGAAUAACCCGGCAUGUGCACAAGCACAAACAAACUCAGGCUCCAAAGGAGGGCUCUCAGGCUGGAUUUCCAACCUAUCCGCACAAGCACAGAAGUAUGGAGAGCGAUUUGCGGAGCAAGCCCAGCAAUAUGGUGACCAAAUUAGUGCCCAAGCUAUGUACUAUGGUCGGCAAGUAGAAGAACGGGCCUUGUUGCAUGGAAGAUGGAUCGAAGAGCAGGCAGGUAUCCACCCCCGCAAGCCGGGUACUUAUCCUCCUCAUCCUCCUCCUGCUGGGUAUUACCCAUAUCAGUGGGGUCCUCCACCACCGGGAGCUGUGCCAGUGGCCCCACCCGUGGUACCCAGCCCAUCUCCAUUGCGACCAGCAGAAAUACAACCUGUGACAUCAACCCCGAACACACCUGUCAAACCUGAACAGCCAGAUCAGCAAGGCAAGAAGAGCAUCGAGCAUUCUAGACGCGCAUCAGUCAGCUCGGUUUCGUCCGAAUCAUCCUUCAGCUCACUCGAAUCCCUCGAAACCACAUCUGAUCUCAGCGCAUCCGAUCUGGCCAACAUCAGAACCCAACUCCAGUCAUUAGAGGACCGUCACGGCCGUACUCUCUAUGAAGCUGCUGCCGAUCUUAGGCGCCAGUUAGAUGUCCUCCAGGACUCGCGCCGAGAAGCCAAAACUUCCGGCCGCAUAAACAGACAGCAUGGCUGGAAUAGACCCCAGGUUCAACCCGUUGACCGCAACGACUGGGGUCGGUGGGAUUCACCAGCCCAGCAGCAGCGCCAAUCUAUGGAGCGCCGAGCCAUGAAGGACGAAAUGCGAGCUACCCGAAAAGCAUUCCGUGAGGUAGUCCGUCGCGCCCGCGAAGAACAGCGCGAUAAACGCCGCAACCACAAGCAUCGGUACCGCCAAUCCCAGGGGUUGCACUCCGCAGACGAAAACGAGACUGGUGAAUCACUUGCCGGUAAUCUGAAUCAACUUUCUCUGAGUGGGCAACCAAAUCUGCAGACGAGCGAAUCACGACCUAUCGCUCAAUCUCAAUUCCCUGCACCGUCGCAGAUGCCGCAUGGCCCACAGAACGCGGUCCCUGGCUCCAGCAAUACGCCUUCAGUUUCGAGUCUCCAGUCUCAUAAUACCUCCGCCGUAGAGCUUCCUGAUCGGAAGGCUAAGACGGGAGGAAAGACUCGAUUGAGGGAUAAAUUGAUGCCGCGCUCUUCGAAACAACAUAAUGCAUCUGCUGAGUCCGAGGAUGCCAAGGCUAAGGCGAAACGAGAAGCUGACGAGACCAAGGCACGGUUAAAAGAGGCUGAUGACAAGGCUGCAAGAAAGAAAGAUAAGGACCCGAGUGGCUCCUAG